UCCAAAUUCUUUACUUCAUCAUGGGUGUUUUCACUUACGAAGCCGAAACCACCACCGUUAUCCCAUCAGCUAGGCUAUUCAAGGCCUUUGUCCUUGAUGCUGACAACCUCAUCCCAAAGAUUGCACCACAAGCCAUUAAGAGUGCUGAAAUCAUUGAAGGAAAUGGAGGGCCAGGAACUAUCAAGAAGGUUAACUUUGGCGAAGGCAGCCAAUUCAACUAUGUAAAGCACAGGAUUGAUGAGAUUGACAAUGCAAACUUCACAUAUGGCUAUAGCUUGAUUGAAGGUGAUGCUUUAACUGACAAACUCGAGAAAAUCUCAUACGAGAUUAAGCUAGUGGCAUCCCCAGAUGGGGGAUCCAUCUUGAAGAGCACCAGCAAGUACCACACCAAAGGUGAUCAUGAGAUUAAGGAAGAGCAAAUCAAGGCUGGUAAAGAAAAGGCUGCGGGACUUUUCAAGGCUGUUGAAGGCUACCUUUUGGCAAAUCCUGAUGCCUACAACUAAAGCAUGUUUUCAUUUUUGAGUGUUGCCUAUAUCUUUGAGUUAAAGUGAAUUUUUUAAUAUCCAGCCAUUAUGGCCUUGGACUUGCUAAUAUAUAAUAAUACGAUUUCUGGAGUUGUAAUUGUCUUUCUUUUGAUGUUCUAGUUUGGAAAAGUGAAAUGUCAAUGUUGUAUCACAUU